AUAUAAAUGAAUUUCUUUCAUCCACUUCUACAAACUCUUUAAUGUAAGAAUCAUCAUUCUAUUCAUUUAGUUAUGCGUUUCAAUUUUAGUGCUGAUCGUUAACAAACUACUCUUAAUCUCCUCAAUCCACCUAUCAAAGUUGAAGAGAACGACUCACUUCUCCCUCCUAUCUAUUAAAUGACGUAAUAAGAACUACUACAACGAUAGAUUGUUGAUUCUGUACAAAAUGGAUUAUAAAUCUAAACUCAUAAUAAAGAUUAAGACCCUCCUAAAACUAUAAAUAAGAAAAUGUAUGUUGUUUAAAUAUCUCUUAGAAGUAAAAAAACUAAUACUUGUGGACAUCCAGACAAAGAACAUUAUGCUAAAGGCAUGUGCAAUAAUUGUUAUCAUCGACUAGGUAGAAAUAAACAACCUUGGCUAUGUUCACAUAAAAAAUUAUAUGCAUGUAAAUAUUCACAUCUCUAUUAACUAGGUGGACUCUGUUAAAAUUGCUACAUCAAUCAAUAUAACAAAAAAAGAAGAGUAGAAAACCAUGAUUAAUAAGAUUCAGAACCCAAUAAUCACUCUAGUAUACCAAAAAUUGAUAAUUGA